UUGUUUCGACUUGACGUACAACGAUCUCAACUCUUCGUAUCAAAAUGAAGGUAAGAGUAAGCUUGAUGAAAUGAAGUUCCAUUUAUAGUAGGAUCCAUGAAGAAGAAAUGCAAGAAUUGGUUUCGUUCUGCUCAGAAAAGUUCAGGAAAACGAUGGAUAACAAGACGAUGGAUUUUCACGUUUCUAUAUUAUACGCCAUGGUCGGCCAAAGCUUCGACAAACAAUGAUCAUCAAUGUCUCGUCUUUAUAUGAGCACAGCCACAACCCACAUCGGAAAGUCGCAUUCCCAGCCCGCCAGACAUUCCCACUAUAAAACCCCCGGCUGCCACAAACCCUUAAUUAAUUCCCCUCAAUCCCCACAUCGUAUUUCUCGGCAAAUAUGGCGGCGACGCUUCCAAUCAUCGAUCUGCAGGAACUCCAACAGUCGUCGUCGUCAUCGGGGAAGCUCCGGGAAGCAUGCGAGCACUGGGGAUGCUUCAGGCUGAUCAACCACGGCGUCCCGGUGAGUCUCAUGUCCGAGAUGAAGAAAGUCGUCGGCGAGCUCUUCGACCUCCCCAUUCCCGUCAAGCGACGCAACGUUGACGUCCUCUCCGGCAGCGGCUACAUCGCGCUGUCCUCCAUGAACCCUCUCUACGAAGCUUUCGGCCUCUACGACAUCGGCUCCACCGCCGCCGUCCACGAGUUCUGCGACCAGCUCGGCGCCUCUCCUCACCACAGGGAGACGAUUCUGAAGUACGCGGAGGCGACCCACGGAGUGGCGAUGACAGUGGCGGCGAAGAUGGCGGAGAGCUCGGGAGUAUUAGCGAGCGAUGGAGCUGGAUUGUUCGAAGAUUGGGCGUGCCAGUUUCGGAUCAACAAGUACCAUUUCCGGCCGGAGACGGUCGGGUCCGCCGGAGUCCAGAUCCACACCGAUUCCGGCUUCCUCACCGUGCUUCAAGAAGAUGAAACCGUCGGCGGGCUCGAGGUCAUGGAUCCCUCCGACUCCGGCUACAUCCCCGUCGAUCCCGUCCCGGGGACUUUCCUCAUGAAUCUCGGCGAUCUCGCCACGGUGUGGAGCAACGGGAAGCUGCGGAACGUGAAGCACAGAGUUGAGUGCAAGGAAGCGGCGGUGCGGAUCUCGAUCGCGACGUUUAUGCUGGGGCCGCCGAGGUACACGGUGGUAGAACCGCCGGCGGCGUUCGUGGACGGCGGGCGUCCACGGCUGUACCGGCCGAUCAGCUACGAGGAGUUCAGGGUGAUGCGGCAGAUCACCGAUAAGCAAGCCGGCGAGGCGCUGGAGCUCUUGCAGGGCCCGGCGCAGCCUCUGUCGACCAAGUUUGAUGUGAAUUCCCUUCCCGCCGACGUCCUCGCGCAAAUUCAAGACAUCGAUUAAAAUUUGAUUGCAGUGAUGAUUAGUGAAGUAGUAAGGAUGAUUGAUUGAGAGAAAAAAGGCAAAUUACUAAUCAAGCCUCGUAAAAAAUAUGUUUUACUUUACUACUCGUUAUGUUCUACAUAUUGAAAAUCUAACAUUUCCAAUGUGAUUUCCACUUUAUCCAAUCUAACAAACAAACAAAAUUAGAGUUACUUC